AUGGCCGCCAAAAUUGGAGUGUUUCCUGCUUCCGGGGCGCUUGCUUCAAGCAUUGUGAAUCAUUCCAUGAAGUUCUUCCCGGCAUCACGACUGGUUCUCGUCGCUCGCAGCCCAGAGAAACUGACGGAAUGGAAUCAGUUGGGCGCUACAAUCCGAAAGGCAGACUACGAUGACCAUUCUACACUCAAUGGUGUUUUCGAUGGAGUGGAAACUUUAAUGUUGAUCUCCUACGCCUCCUUUGAGAUUGAGCACCGUGUAAAUGUACAUCGCGCGGCUAUUGACGCUGCCAUCAGAAGCGGCGUGAAACACAUAUUCUAUACUUCUCUCGGCUUCGCUGGCAAUUUGACCGACGAUAGUGUCACCCAUGUCAUGGGCGCACAUCUUCAAACGGAAAGAUAUCUCUCACAGUUGACUGAUAAAAUUACAUACACUUCAGUUCGCGAAGGAUUGUAUUCUGAGUCAUUCCCCCUUUACAUCGGUUGGUUUAGCCUUCAGAAUCCCGCGGACGAGAUCACCAUUCCGCACUCUGGCACUGGACCUGGAGUCACUUGGGUAAAGCGAGAUGAAUUAGGCGAAGGAACUGCCAAACUUAUCUAUUCUUUUGUGACUAACCCGGCAAGUUUUCAAUAUCUGAAUAAAAAUGUCUUGCUGACAGGACCGAGAGAAAUUUCACUUUUAGAGACUGUGAAUAUCUUCGGCCGCUUGAUUGGAAAGAGUCUAAAAAUUCGCGAGAUCGCUGUCGAAGAUUAUCUAUUACUCCCACAGGUUAGGGGUAAAUACGUAUAUCAUGGGGUCGACUUAUCAAGAGAGUGGACAACUACAUGGCAAGGGCUCCGGAAUGGAGAAUGUGCGGUAGUCUCUCCAUCACUGAAGGAAAUUCUCGGAAGAGAGCCGGAGGAGUUUGAAACAACAAUCAAGGCUCUUCUUGGAUAA